UUCCAGUUAUUGUCUUGGACGGGAGUGAGUCAUUGGCGGUUGAGGCCGGAUUGACAGCAGGUUGGACGGUUGAGAGAAGUGGAAGGAAGAGCGAGUCCUGCAGGAUUUAUUUUACGCCAGAUUAGAGGCCUACCGUUUUUUACCUCACAAGAAGUGAAAGGAAAAGUGACGACGACUGAAUUCACGUGGAAACAUUGGAGAUUUUUCCUUUUCGCGUAUCUGUGUGUGUGAGUGUGGAAGUUUGAUUGUUGUGCGAUGAAAACAGAGAUUUAAGUGUUUUUGAAAAGUAGCUGCAGUCAGCGAGUGAGCGAGCGCAGGAAAAACUUUUUCCUUUUUUGUACAAUUUUUGAAGGUGAACUUUAGCGGUGUAGAAUUCGCAACGAACGGAAGGACUAGUCAAGAUGCACUAACCCUACCAUCAACGUCAAAUUAGCGGAAAACAACGAAACAAAACCAAACCAAAAACACCAGCCACUGCCCCCGCCAAACGGAAACCGUGUGCCAUCAGGGAAUUUUAACGCCCCAAAACACCGUACCCACAUCAACGGGUCUGUCUGGUGACCUGACAGUCUUCGCGGCUACCAACCCUCUACCUCUACCUUUUUCCCUAAUCAGCACAUAUCAGCGGCCGUCAAAAUUGCCACCCCGGCGGCAGCGGCCACCGUCGUUUCGGUGUCGGGACCGAUCAAGAUGCGGCUGAAAAGCGCCCGGAAAAGCUUUCGCCGCCACAAACACCACCCAGAGUUUCCCCAGCCGAGCGAGGUCACGGAGGCGUCGCUGGAGCUAUGGCGAGCGCUUCCGCCCAAGAUCCGGCAGGACCCCAGCAUGGUGUCGUUCCAGCAGGUCGAGCUCGAGCACGCUCGGUUACAUGGCGAUGACCACGAGGACUCCUUCCCGGAGAUCCAGCCCAUGGAGGACGACGUCGAGGAGGAGGAGGAAGAAGAGGACGAGGACAACGGCAACGAGUUCAUCACCAUCAACGUGUCCAACGAGCACGGCCAGAGCAAGGAGAUCGACCACAUCCGGGAAAAGAAGGACAUCCCGAAGCCGCACGUGCACCACCUGGCGGGUCACUACAUCGGAAACAUUACCCCGCCGAAGCACGACGAACUCAACGAUACCGGCCAGAACCAUUUGGAUGAGGAUCACCCGUUCCGGAAGUACUCGAAGAUCAUCUGUCUGUUCAUUACGUGGCUGUUGAUCAUUUCAUUCCUGGUGGUAAAGGACGAGAAGGUCGUGCUCGCGAAGCACCUGUCGGUUCCGGUGGGCAAGAUCAGGCCGUACAUUUUGAAGGAUCUGCCGGACAGUACGCGGGUGAAGUUUACGUUUGAGGGGACGUUCCUUAGUACGCCGUUUACCAACAUUACGGAGAACUAUCUGACGUUUUACUUGCAAUCGUUGACUUCCACGCUGGACGGAAAUGCGAACGAGUCGUACGCGGAGGGUUCGGUGGCGAACAUCAGCGACCCGUGGCACAUCCCGAUUGUCCAUCCGUACCUGUUUGAUAGUGCGCCGAUUAUCAAGAAGCAGCACAUGUUCGACAUCAGCGACAGUAACUUUGAGCGGAUUCAUCAGCAGAGCAGUGCGGUGCGGUUGAUGGUCAAGAGCAACGUCCGGGCUAGCGUUCCGAUCGCGGUCGAGUACGAUCAGUCGCCGGUAAAUCGGGACAUUGGGGUGAUCUACGCGGCUUUUGUGCUGAUUUUCUUGUACGCGCUGAUCAUUUGGGAGAUUGUGCAUCGAACGUUUGCGGCCGUGAUCGCUUCGACGCUGGCAAUCUCCAUUCUGGCCGCGCUGAACGAUCGACCUACGAUGGAGGAUGUCGUGGGUUGGAUCGACGUCGAGACGAUCCUGUUGCUGUUUUCGAUGAUGAUUCUGGUGGCGAUCAUGGCCGAGACGGGCAUUUUUGACUACCUGGCGGUGUACAUCUACAAGAUCACCAACGGCAAGAUUUGGAAUCUCAUUCACUGUUUGUGUAUUUGUACUACGUUGAUCUCAUCCUUCCUGGACAACGUCACAACCGUACUAUUGAUGGCUCCCAUAACUAUAAGGUUAUGUGAAGUGAUGGACAUGAAUCCGGUGCCAGUGUUGAUGGCAAUCACCGUCCACGCCAACAUCGGUGGAACGAUGACCCCGGUCGGAGAUCCACCAAACAUCAUCAUUACGUCAAAUCAGUACAUUUUGAAACACGGUGUUACCUUCUUGACGUUCUGCGCCCACAUGAUGGUCGGCGUGAUCAUCGUGGUCAUCACGACCAACAUCCACCUCCGGCUCAAGUACAAAAACAUCAACAACCUCAGGAUGCACGAACCAAAGGACGUGAAGGAGCUGCGACGAAACAUCAAGGUUUGGGAGCGGGCCGCCGGCAAGAUCCCACCGUACUCCAAGGAUGCCAACAUUGUGCGCGAGACGCUCAUGAAGAAGGUGCGGCUGCUGCGCCACGAGCUGAAGAAGAAGAUGACCAAGGCGUUCGUGCCGGAAGAUCUGUACCGAUCGACGCUGGAGGAGCUGCAAAAGGAGCAUCCCAUUAAGAACAAGGGACUGCUGAUCAAGUCCGGAGUGGCGUGCGCCUUCAUCAUUGCGCUGUUCUUCCUGGAGUCGAUACCGGAAGUGCGUCGGCUGUCCUCGGGAUGGGCCGCACUGCUCGGAGUGAUUCUACUGCUGAUCAUCGCGGACAAAAACGACAUGGACGCGGUCCUCUCGCGCGUUGAGUGGCCAACGCUGCUCUUCUUCGCCGCCAUGUUCACCCUCAUGGAAGCGGUCGAGCGGAUGGGUUUCAUCGACUGGAUCGGCCACGUGACCGAGACGAUGAUCCUGGGCGUAUCGGAAGACUUCCGCCUCGCGAUGGCCAUCAUCCUUAUCCUCUGGAUCUCGGCCCUUACGUCGGCCUUCGUCGACAGCAUCCCCGUAACGGCCAUGAUGGUCAAGAUCGUGGUGGCGCUGUCGGAGAAAUCGUCGCUUGGUCUUCCCCUGCAGCCACUGGUUUGGGCGCUGGCCUUUGGCCCCUGUCUUGGAGGUAACGGCACGCUGGUUGGAGCCUCCGCUAACGUCAUCUGCGCUGGAAUAGCAGAACAGCACGGCUAUCGGUUCAGUUUCAUGGACUAUUUUAAACUGGGAUUCCCCAUCAUGUUGGUGAGUGUGAUCGUGACGACCGGAUAUCUGAUAAUGGCCCACGUGGUGUUUGCCUGGCACUAGAUGCACCACAACAGCAGUUGCUAACUAUAAAUUUGGAGGCAUUUAAAAAAACCAUCAUCGAUCUGAAACAAAGCAAAAAUAAACACACGAGUGAAGCAUAGCUAAAGCAACGAGUGGUGUAAAGUGACACGCAGUGAGGAACAACCGACAAAUUUUUCGGUGUACACGUGGUUUUCAAACAAUACCAAAACAUCCCUAGGAUGAGCGAGCGAGAGCGAGAGAGCGCGAGUUGUUUGUAGUUAUAUUGGAAGUAAUAUAUAUUCAUAUAUUGAUAAUGUGCUAAUCAGUGUUUUUCUGCUAAUUCUUCUUCUAGUUAGUUUAUCCAAAAUCACGAAAAAAUAAAUCAAAAACAAUGUUUCUUCUUUGUUUGUAAUUCGCAUCUAUUUGUAACAAGUAUGAGAUUUUAGUAUGAUACGAAUAAAGUUAUAAAAUAUGAGAA